UUGCAAAUUAAGAGGGCUAAUGCUGCAAGACAGGAGAAAGCAGCUGCAAAAAAGGCCAAAGAAAAUGAAAGGGAAGCAAAGAAACAGAAACAAGAAAAAACAAGGCUCCACCUCCACCAUAGAGAAAGAGGUAUAGGUAUUACUGACUUUGUUUAUUUUCUUUGUAAAAAAUGGUGCCAUGACUGUGUUUUUUCUUCAACAGAAUGGGAUGAUGAGGGCUUUGUAUCACAAUUGACACAAGAGUUUUGUGCAACUCCACAGCCUGAGAUGACAAAGGGACCGACACCCCUUGAACAACUGAAAAUGGGAUUAGGAGAUGAUUCAUACUUUAGAGGUAAGCAGUUGGAGGCCAUCAAUGCAAGAGAUGGAACUCCAGCAAUGUUUAAAAGGAUUCAAAAUGACCUCUCUUUUGGUAGCUCAUCUCAGAAGUUGAAGCAGAUCAAAAAGGAGAAGGGAGAAAAGUCUAGAAAGAAUUGA